GCCCCUUGCAAUGAAUGAAAGACGGAAUGCGUACUACUUGUACUUAUAAUAUAGAUAGAAGUACUUAAUAAAUUAUCCAAACAUAAUUUUGAACAAUGACGAGGAUUUUUAAUAGAAGUGAAUCUAAUUCUAACUGCUCCAUCCUUCUCAAAGUCAAAACUGUAUGUGUUCGAAGUACAGAGAUAUGUGAGGUCUAAGUACAACAGUAUCAUAAUCGUCCUCGUCCAUCACCUCCAUCUAUUUCACGCACCUCGUUGAGUACAACUCUAUCAUAAUCGUCCUCCAUCCUACCUCCAUUUUUUUUACAGCUUAUAUCUCCGCGGAGCUUUACCGGAACCAGACGGCGUACCUUAUCAUGCUUAUAGGGCAGGCUUACUAGGUUUAGGUGGACCGCCGCCGACAAUCCAAAUGCAAGAAUGGAUCCGUGAAAAUCCAGAAGCUGCUGCCCAAUAUUAA